GGGGGCGGGGUGGGGGCUGCGCCGCGGGGCCCGGCGGCGCCCGGCACCACCCCCCGUCCCCCGCUGCCUCCCCUUCCGCUCCCCGGAAGCGCUGAGUCGUCCUGCCUUAUCUGGGGGCCGCUAUUUCGGGCUCCGCUCCGAGCGCGGUGACUAUUUUUAGCCGCGCUCGGGUAAAAAUGGACGCGGCGCCGCGCGGGUUCGCGAGGCCGCGCGCGUCCCCUCGCGAGAACUGCGGCCGCGCGCGCUCCCUUCGCGAGAACUGCGGCCGCGCGCGCCCCCACCUCCCCCUCGCGAGAACUGCAGCCGCGAGCGCGCGCGCGCCUGAGUCACCCCCGCCCGCUCCCCCGCGCGGCGAGGAGUGCGGCCGCCGGCUCGCGACGCUCUGCAUCCGCUCGAGCAUCUCCGGCUCCCGGGCGCCUGGAAGCCGGCGGGGCGCAGAAUGUUCCAGGAACGUCGGGACGUGUCCACCGAUGGCGGACUUUUGGGCGGAGGCGCCGCGCCCCCUGGCGGCCCCCGCGGGGAUUGCAGGCGGGAGCUGGACCAGGAGUCCAUCCCUCCGCACGCCCGUUUUCUCCAGGAGGAAACUGAGGCCGGGAGCGGAACUGGGUGGGGGCCUUGCAGCGUGGAUUGCAAGUGUGAAUGUUACCCUCAGGGCACAUCUCAUUUUGGACCAGCCACAUUUUAAGCUCUCAAGAUCCACACGCGGACAAGUGGCUGCCACAUCCGACCGUGCAGAAGAGGAUGAUGGCGCCAUCGGAGAUCUGGAGGGUGGCUUCCUCAAAGUCCAGAUUUAACAGGUGACAGUGUGCCUCCAGGAGACAGCGUGGCUACGGUCAAGACCCUGGAGUCUGCAGCCAGACUGUGGGGUUCAGAUACUAGUUCUGGAACUUGCAAGUUGCAGCUCCAACUUGAAAGGGGAACCACCCACAAGGCCUCAGAGGGAUGUUGUGAAGAUUAAACGAAUGAAUAAGCAUGGAACACUGAGAACAGGGCCUGGCACAUAUUAAGGGCGGUGUGAGGGUUGACUUUUAUUACCGAUUGGAGAUUCAGGAAAGAGAAAAUCUCUCGGGUCCACAUGAAAAGUUGAAGAAUGAACACUCCUUGCAAAACUUCUCAUCCUCAAAGUGGAGGAUGCCCAGGCCAUGGGGGCGCACACAACUUGUCACACGCGUGUGGGAUGCACGGGCCACUCCGGGUCCCCCAGGGCGAGUGUGCCCGCCGUCCCUGCUGGAACGGGCCUGCGCCAUCCCAAAGCUUUGGCCGCCUCCCAGUGUCAACGCUGCCGCCUGUUCUCCGGUCCUCACUUUUCUGUUCUAAUCUGUGCAGUGACUUGAAUGGCGUGCGCCACCUCCCCCCCCCC